AUGUGUUUUCAUUUGCUCAAAAUACUAUGGCAGUAUUCAAUUAGCCAUCAUUCAAUUCAUAUGAGACUAUUUACGAUAUACUAGAUCAGCCAUGAUAAUAUUAUUGGAACAAGAAUGGAAGACAACAAAACGUCGGUGACAAAAAAGUCUACAUAAUUACGAUACGUCUAAAUGCAUGGAAUUCAAAAUACUCGUGAGCGUAGUACACAGAGGCCGCGCGCGGUGUAAACAAAAGGAGCGAAGGUCAAGCAGAUUUAAGCUUAGCAGAAUACGCAGAAAUGGAUGAAGUCUCGUGACUGCGCCUUGAAACCUACUUAUAGGUAUACCUUUUGUCAGUCGUUCACAAGCCACCAUGGAGGAACAAGAAGAAAAGUCGCCUACUGUUGCAACGCAGACGGAGCCAACUGCCGUCUGUCACCAGGGUACGUCGGUUAACGAGUUUUUGCUUGCCACUGGAAAUGCGAUACUCACAACUGAGAGAAUCAGAGUAAAAUGCUACAGUGUUCUGUACGGCAGGGCAAGUCGCUACGUUCCAGCUCCAUUAGAUAAUGAAUUUCAGUCAGGCAUAUAUACGCAAACACCAAGGAAAACCGGAAAAGCCGAAAUGGUACAGGUGCAGCCUGGUAAAAAUAAUCCACCGCGUAAGAAUUGUCAGUACAAUAGAGCCAAGGCAGGGAAGUUCACGAAAUCGGAAGCUCAUACUGCUCAUAGUACGCAGACGCCUUCGAGCGGGAUCGCUGUAAGUUCUCCUAAUGGAGGAUUGAAACUGAGCAAAAAUGCAAAAAGAAAGUUGAAUAAAAAAUUUAAAAAAAUUGCUCGCAUGUAUGAUGCUCAAGCUGAUAAACCAGCAAUAGAAAUAACUCGUGCGACGCAUUAUAGGCUAAACUUUAUAUAAUCAGCUUGUAUGAAAAAUUGCUUUGAAGAUACUUAUUUAUUAUUUUUAUUGACACAUGUGACCUAGAGAACUGUAAUAAAACGUACAUGGACAAUGACAAUCACUGAA